AACACACUAGUAGUUUAUCUGCAUGACAGCUCAUUAGAUUGCAAAUGGAGGGAACUUCUACUUUAUCACAAAGAAAACUACCUAUUUAUAAUGAAGCAUGUUGACUUCUGACAGUUUACUGUACCAUGUGGAGUCCUUUCCAGAUUUGUCUUUGCCUAUGUAUUGGCUUGAUGGUGAGAAUACCUGGAAUUUUGAGAAUCUCACCUGAUAGUUUAUUACAAUGCACUGAUAAGCCAUUAUUGUAUGCCUAUCUCUCACUGCUGUACAAACACGUCAUGCUGUGCAAGAACCACCUUUGUUGGAAAUAAUUCAAUCAGGAAAAACACAGAUUAAAAAUACUUUCGGGACUCUGUGGCAUCGACUUGCUCAGUGUGAACUGCAUUGUUGGUUAAGGGCUUGUAACUAAGCAUUUUACGGUUGUAUUCGGCGCAUGUGACAAAUACAAUUUGAUUUGAUGUUAGUGAAGGGAAAGGAUCCGAUGGGGGGUCUGGAGAGAAGGAAAAGGCUCAGAUGGUUUUGCUUUAUCAAAAUAGAUUAUUUAGAAGCAUUUUGUCACAAAAGCACAAACAUACACUCCUGUGUCAACUAAAAAUGUGGGACAAAUAAAACAGUUUAUCACUUGAGAAGAGCUGGAGGGAAAAAAGCAAUACUUCACAUCAAUGUUAAUUUGUUCUCUAUAAUCACACACUUGAAAGAAAAAAAUAACCCGUUGAAGUGGCCGUCCUGAUGAAAACCAUUGAUUGCAUCAGAGUGGGAAGACCCAGGUUGCAGGAGAAAGUUGUGGUCUUGUGGGAAGGCUGAUGAGGUUUCCUAUUGAAGCAGCUAAAUAUACUGUAAUGAGAAUUUAAGCAUCAUGUUCUGAUGAACAAAGCAAAAAUCAUCAGCAAAGCAAAAGCCCAUUGGUCUAACAACUAAAUUAACCAUAGUAUAAGAAAAUUAUAAUUUAAUACAUUAUGUUACAUUUAUUAUUAGUAGAAAACUGUGAAAAGGUGUAGUAGGAUGCAGAUCGAAUCAGUUUUAGCAUUGUAUGUAUUAAUGAACAGUUUUGUUACAUUUCUUCAUAAUUCCUAGCUUCUGUCUUGACUGAGAACAUAUCAGUAAGAUUACUGUCAGUCAUAAAUGACUAGGGGAUGCAGGUUGUCUGAUAUUAGAUCUAUCGUCAGCGUCAAUAUAGUAAUUACAUCAGAUAAAAAAAUAUAUGUGUAUAAGCUAUAGUAUAAAUCACAUGAGCUCAUAUAAAUUAAUUUAAUAACAGGUGAUGUAAUCUUAAUGUAGACACUCACUGUAGGAAAGAGGAUGCAGGGAACUCAAUAUUCCAUUUCCUCCUACAUGUGGAUUUCCCCAAGCAGAUAGUAGACUUGCCUAUAAAUUGUGUAGGAGCAUGGGCAUGAUGGCACAAACCGAGCAAAAGCACCUGGGCUCCUCUACUACCAAGAUAUUUGAUAUUUUAACAUGCCAGGCCUAUUCAAGAUUAUGCAGGUAAGUGAGAGAUUGACUGCCCUGAUGGAAUGAAGUGUAUACACCUCAAUUCAUGUUGGGUUGCCUUCUAAUCCAUCAUUAUGGAUAGGCCUUAUUCAAAUGGCAAUUUCCAAAUGUUUUUAAUUUAUUUAAUCAUUCCUUUGCAGACUCUAAUUUUACUUGGACUUGUUAUCGCUACAUCAGAGGCACACAAGUAUAAGGGAUGCUUCAGUACAGAAAAACUGGAGCAUAGAGCUCUCAAGAUCCUUCACCGAAACCGGUACCAGACAGAUGUUCAUAUUGAUGAAACACAGUAUCACAAACUGGGUAUGAAGAAGACCUGCCCCACUGUGCUUCGUUCACAGUCAGUAGACUACAACAAUCGUUCAGUCUCCCCCUGGCGGUACAGCAUCGAUAGCGUGGAGGGACGAUUCCCUGAAAAGAUUGUUGUUGCUGAAUGUCUAUGCGAGGGAUGCCUCAUCAUUAAAGGGCCUGGACACCACGGGGCCCAACAUCAUGCAUAUAACUCUGUGCCUAUAGAGCAAACCCAGAUGGUAUUGAUGAAGACCGUAUGCCUGAACAACCCAGAAAAAUACUCACUUACAUCACACUUUGUCAAAGUGCCCAUUGCCUGCACCUGUGUCAGGAGUAGGAUAUGAUUGCCUCUCAUAGAGGACAGUUUUUAGACAAACUGUCGUGACAUGUUUCACAUUUUGUUGUUUGUUUUUAAAAUGCACUUACGCUGUUGAAAGUAUUACACUUAAUAUGCUUAUGGAUAAUACGCUAUAGAGAAUACAUGCAUUUUUAUAUGAGACAAAAUGAUUUGUGUACAGUAUUUAUGUUUCAAGAUUGUAUUUAUUUGAUGAUCUAUUGAUUAUUUAUUGAACUAGCUAUGUUCUAAAGCUGUUUAUUUAUAUAUGGUUUUUGGUGACUUUUGUUAAUAGGCCUGCCUAUUCCUUUCAACAUCAAUGUGUUCUUCUGUUGUUGUUUUCCCAUCAGCUGCUCCACAGGCUCCCGAGUGGCGCAGCGGUCUAAGGUACUGCAUUUCAGUGCUUGGGGUGUCACUACAGACACCCUGGUUC